AUGGCUUUCUCACUCCGAGCGCUCCGCACGCGGACGAUGCCGUUGGUGCGGAAGUUCUCGGGAGGCCCCUCGGCAGAGGCCAUUGCUGCGAUCCAGUCGAACUUCAAGGCGCAUCCGGAGAAGGCUCAGGCGGCAUUCCACUCUCAAUCUCAACUGACCCAUGGCUUGGUGAGCACUGGGAAGAUGCGGGAUUUCGACAUAAAGGCCGACGAGCCCGCAAGCUUCGGAGGCGAAGACAGUGCUCCAAGUCCCGUGGAACUCCUCCUCUUCUCCCUCGCCUCCUGCCAGGAGAUCACCGUGAAGGCCUAUGCGAACGCCAUGGGCGUGCCGCUGACCCGGGUCUCCGCGGAUCUCACCGGCAAGAUCGACCUCAGGGGUUUCUUUGCAGUUGAUGAGAGUGUACGUGCCGGAUUCAACAAGAUUGAAGGCAUCCUCACAGUGGAGUCGCCCGCAGAUCUUGAGACAAUCAAGCAGUUGAAAGCUGCAGCAGAUGCACAUUGUCCGGUGAAAGACAUGCUGCAGGCAGUUCCUAUGGAGAUCACCCUCAAUCACAUUCAAAAGUGA